CGACUGUCGAUCCAUCUUUGUAUGGGCGCCUAGGCGGGCUAAAAAAAAAACACGAACCCGGCGAGUCAUACAAGGUUGCAGAAAGCCGGAAACCCUGAAAUCACGAAACUCCACUCUCAGUUCGCCAUAGUCAUGGAAGAUUAGCGAGCUCACAGAAAUACCGCAUCUCGACGGUCUCUUCUCCACUUCUCUCACCUCUCUCUCUUUAAGUGCGCGAGAAUGCCCUUUUAGGAGACUCGGAGGAACUGAAAGAGAUGGGUCGUCCCGAGCCUGGUAUCUUGUUCGCUCAGACAUUCGUUCAUCCCCAACUCGAUGAAUACGUCGACGAGGUAAUGUUUGCAGAGCCCAUUGUUAUUACUGGCUGUGAGUUCCUUGAACAGAAUGCAUCGUCAACCUCUUCAGCCAUAACACUUGUUGGGGCCACUUCACCUCCAUCAUUUGCUUUGGAGGUUUUUGUUCAAUGUGAAGGGGAAACCAGGUUUAGGCGUCUCUGCCAGCCUUUUCUAUAUUCUCCUUCUUCAUCAAAUGUUCUUGAAGUGGAGGCUGUAGUGACAAACCAUUUGGUUGUACGGGGCAGUUACCGCAGCCUUACCUUGGUCAUAUAUGGCAACACAGCAGAGGAUCUGGGACAGUUCAAUAUAGAAUUUGAUUUGGAUAGUUCUUUAGCUAACCAGGUUUGUUUGCCAUCUGAAGGAAAGCUUGAGGACCUUCCUCCUGCAUUGCAUUCAAACAAGCUAUCAUUUGAGGAGACGAUAUUCUCCCUAAAAUCAUUAUCUUUGCCAGUUGCCGAGUUAGACCUUUCUAUCGAGAUGAAACAGUUCAUUCAACUUGUUCUUAAGAUAUUUGAAUUGUCAGAUUCUGGGGAUGGUAUAAAUAAAGUUGUAAAUACUGUUGUAUCAUCAGUUUCUUCUUAUGCCAGUAGUAGGAAUGGUGCUGCAGUUUGUUGGAGUCAAUACAAGAAAAGCAGCUCCGUACAUCGCAAGGAAGAAUCACACCGUGUUCUUAUUGAUGCUAAAAGUGAGCUCCUCGAGGUUUAUAAAUUGCUUCAACAUGAAUCAGGGAAUUUAUCUGUUGAGGCAUCUGGAGAGGGACUUGUUCUUGAUUUUGCUGCUGAUUUGGCAACUUCAGAACUGUUAAGUGAGGUGUUCAACAAACAUUUGUGCAUGAAAAUGAAGUAUGCAACUUUUGGGUUUCCAGUGCUUUCUCAGAAAAAGAACAUGAUUGUACUACUGGCUGUAGUUUUUCUCUUGUGCUCCACUAGGGAGAGUUGCUUUCACUUUGUGAAUGGUGGAGGAAUGGAGCAGCUUGUACAUAUUUUCUUCCAUGAGAUGCCGAAAUCUACAGCUCUUCAAUUGAUGCUGCUUGGAGUUAUUGAGCAAGCUACUCGACAUGCCAUUGGGUGUGAAGGCUUUUUGGGUUGGUGGCCUCGUGAGGAUGAGAAUGUGCCAACUGGUAGUAGUGAAGGCUAUAAUCAAAUAUUGAAGUUGUUACUCCAGAAGCAGAGGCAUGAUGUUGCUUCUCUUGCAACUUAUAUACUUCACCGCUUGCAUUCAUAUGAAAUUGUGUCCAGAUAUGAGGCUGCAAUACUUAAUGUACUGGGUGGUCUAACUGCUGUUGGUAGGGUUUCUGAAAUUACUUUGGACAAGCUUAUCAGUGCCAAAUCUCAGCUUAAAAAACUCUUGAAGUUGUUAAAUUCAUGGGGGCCAAUUGAAGAUCCUUCACCAAUGGCUAGUAUUAGCAGAUCAUUGAUUCUUGGCCAAGCAGAAGGAUUGUUAUCUUACAAAGCAACAAUUGGCUUCAUUGCAUCGUCUAAAUGCUGCUUUUCAAAUUGGGAUAUUGAUCCACACUUACUAUCACUGCUGAAGGAAAGGGGUUUUCUUCCUUUAUCGGCUGCUUUGUUGUCUUCUACUAUUUUGCGUUCAGAGAAAGGACAUAUUAUGGAUGCCUUUGUGAAAAUCACAUCAUUGUUUGAGCGUAUAAUUCUUUCUCUUCUUUUUUGUCGUUCAGGCCUGAUUUUCCUACUGCUUCAACCUGAAGUUGCUGCUGCUGUAACUCUUUCUCUUCAGGGUGCUGAAGAUGUGAAUAAGGAAGAUUGUGUUCCUUUACGGUAUGCAUCAGUUUUGAUAUCCAAGGGAUUCUUGUGUCGCCCACAGGUGGUUGGAAUGAUUACUGAACUGCACAUGCGAGUGGUGAAUGCAAUAGACCGCUUGCUUUCAUUGUCUCCUUGCUCUGAAGAAUUUCUGUGGGUUCUGUGGGAGUUAUGUGGUCUGUCCAGGUCUGAUUGUGGACGCCAGGCUUUGUUGGCUCUAGGACAGUUUCCAGAGGUAGUUUCUCUGUUGCUUGAAGCACUGCACUCAGUGAAAGAAUUGGAGCCAGUGACCCCAACUAGUGGUUCCUCACCACUUAAUCUUGCUAUCUUUCACUCAGCAGCUGAGCUAUUUGAGGUCAUUGUUACUGAUUCAACUUCCUCUUCUCUCUGUUCCUGGAUUGAACAUGCUGUGGAGCUUCAUAAGGCUCUGCAUUCAUCUUCCCCAGGGUCCAACAGGAAGGAUGCUCCAACAAGGCUGUUGGAAUGGAUUGAUGCUGGUGUUGUUUAUCAGAAAAAUGGGGCUAUUGGUCUUCUACGAUAUGCUGCUGUUUUAGCUUCUGGAGGAGAUGCACACAUAACUUCAACAAGUGUCCUAGUCUCAGAUUCUAUGGAUGUCGAAAAUGUUGUUGGAGAUACCAGUGGUUCUGACAUUCAGAUUAUAGAGAAUAUGCUUGGGAAACUUAUUUCUGAUAAGAGCUUUGAAGGAGUUAGUCUUCGUGACAGUUCUGUAGCACAGCUGACAACUGCAUUUAGAAUUUUAGCAUUCAUUUCAGAAAAUCCGGCUGUUGCUAGUGCUCUUUAUGAAGAAGGUGCAGUUACUCUAAUAUAUGUCAUUCUUGUGAACUGUAAGUUCAUGCUUGAGAGGUCAUCCAACACUUAUGAUUACCUCGUUGAUGAGGGUGCAGAAUGCAAUUCAACGUCGGAUUUGCUUUUGGAACGCAGUCGCGAGCAGAGCCUUAUUGAUCUUAUGAUACCUUCUCUUGUUCUUUUGAUUGCACUUCUGCAAAAGUUGCAGGAAGCUAAGGAGCAGCAUCGAAAUACAAAGCUAUUGAAUGCACUCUUGCGACUGCAUCGAGAAGUAAGUCCGAAAUUAGCAGCAUGUGCAGCAGACUUGUGCUCUCCUUAUCCUGGUUCUGCGCUUGGUAUGGGAGCUGUCUGUCAUCUUAUUGUGUCUGCGCUUGCUUGUUGGCCAGUUUUUGGUUGGACUCCUUUCCUUUUUCAUUGCCUUCUUGACAGCAUCCAUGCAACUUCAUUACUUGCACUGGGUCCAAAAGAGGCCUGCAGUUUGUUCUGUCUUCUAAGUGAUCUACUUCCAGAAGAAGGUAUAUGGCUUUGGAAGAAUGGGAUGCCCCCAUUGAGUGCUGUUAGAACAUUGGCUAUUGGUACAUUAUUAGGGCCUCAAAAAGAGAGACAAGUAAACUGGUACAUGCAAUCCAGACACCUUGAAAUGCUUCUUAGUCGGUUGAAACCACUUUUUGACAAAAUUGCCCAGAUUAUCUUUGAUUUUUCCUUUAGUGCAUUGGUUGUCAUACAAGACAUGCUUCGAAUUUUCAUAGUUCGUAUUGCUUGUCAAGAUGUUGAUGGUUCUAUUAUUCUGCUCCGACCAAUAAUAUCAUGGAUAGAGGCUCAUGUUUCAAAGAAAAUGAUUCUGUCUGAUUUGGAUAUCUUCAAGGUGUAUAGAUUGCUGGAUUUUCUUGCUAGUUUAUUGGAGCAUCCAUGUGCCAAGAUGUUGUUAUUAAAAGAAGGUGGUAUUCAGAUACUAACAGCAACACUUGAGAGGUGCAUUGAUGCAUGUUACUCAGAAGGGGAGCUUCCAGUUAAAAAUGGGUUGACUUUACUUAGUUGGUGCCUUCCUGUAUUUAAGGCCUGCCUUUUGAUUUGUGAUUCUCGGUCAUCUCUGUCACCUUUUGGAUCAUAUAAGAGCAACAUAGAGAACUUGAGAGUUGAAGAUCGUUUCUUAAUUUUGAUCCGCAUUCUUAAGUUAUGUCAGGUCCUACCCAUUGGAGAGGAAUUACUUGCUUGUGUCACAGUCUUUAAAGACUUAGCUUCUUGUGGUGAGGGAAGAAAUGCUUUCUCAUCCAUCUUUGAACAUUUGAAGUGUUCUAGUCAGGAGGAUCUGGGUCCUGAGAACGGACACGAAAGCGUCGGAACUGAUACUGGCCAUGAUAGAUAUGAUAUUAGAAAGCAUCCUCCUAUGUUGCAUUGCUGGAGAAAGUUACUAAAAUUGAUAGAUGGAAAGGAAAGUUUCCCAGCCUAUGCCAUUGAGAUUGUCAAUGCAUUGACAUUAGGUGCUUUAGGCCUUUGUGUUGAAGGUAAAAGCUUGAACUUGGAGGGUGUGGCUAUAUUGAAAUGCCUAUUUGGGAUUCCUCAUGAUAUGGGUGCAAUAGACAAAUUCUCUGAAGAAAAAUUCAAGGAGAUAGAAGAAUUGGUAACUCUUUUAGACAAUAGGCUCAGUGAGGAUGGAAAUUUAGCCAUUUCAAGUUUGGAAACCAUUUUACCUCAGGUGAUAGAAUCUGCUAGGUUCAUGUUAUUGUUGCUGCAAAAGCCUACUGUUUCAAUUAAAGUGGAUGACAUCAUUUCUAGUGAAGUUUUGCCUCUGAUAUCAAAUAAUGUUGUAGUUCCAUCGAAAAUCUUUCCUCCUCAUUUCUUAUGGCCAUCCUUAACUUCGAUGAGCAUUACAAGUGUUGAAGCUGGGUCAUCACUUCCUCUGGUCAGGAAGACUGAGGAUAGUGCGGAAAAGGCUGAUGAUUACUUUUCCUUUGAGGGUCUUGCAGAGAAGUUUCUGUGGGAAUGCCCAGAUUCUUCUGAUAGGUUGUCAAUGCCAUCACUCCCUGUAAAGAGAAAACUAGCAUCAAUGGAGGGCUCUAAUAGACGUUCCAGAGUAGAUAAUUCAGGUGCAGAAACUGUGGGUCCUAAUUCAUUUUCACGAGGAUUGGGGCCACCUACUGCCUCUUCUGGUCCUACUCGUAGAGAUACCUUUCGGCAGCGGAAGCCAAAUACUAGCAGACCUCCUUCUAUGCAUGUGGAUGACUAUGUUGCCAGAGAAAGAAAUGUUGAUGGUGUAAGUAGUGGUUCAAAUGUUGUAACUUCUGCUCAGCGUGGAGGAUCUACUGGUGGCAGACCUCCAUCAAUUCAUGUGGAUGAAUUUAUGGCUAGAGAAAGGGAGCGUCAUAAUCUUGUAACUGCAUCAAUUGGGGAACCAGUGGUACAAGUCAAGAAUGUUUCUGCUGAGAAUAUUUCAGAUUCCAGUAAGUUCAACAAAUCUAGGCAGUUGAAGGCAGAUCUGGAUGAUGAUCAGGAAAUCAAUAUUGUGUUUGAUGAUGAGGAGUCUGAAUCUGAUGAUAGGCUUCCAUUUCCUCAGCCAGAUGAUAACCUGCAGCCUGCCCCUGUCAUCAUCAGUGAAAGUUCUCCCCAUUCAAUUGUAGAAGAGACUGAAAAUGAUGUGAAUGAAAGUACCAAGUUUUCUCAGUUGGGUACCCCUUCAGUUUCCAUUAUGGAUGAAACUACACCAAGUGACUUUUCUUCAAGGAGGCCAGUUUCACGGCCUGAUAUGCCAUUUAGUCGUGAAGUGAGUAUUUCUUCAGAGAAGUACUUUGGAUCAAAUACAGAGAGAGGGUUCUUCCAAGAGCAAUCUGAUGAUGUGAAGAAUGUUGUUCCCAUUACAUCCUCUGGUGGAUUUGAUUCUUCUGCAUCAGGGAACACAUCAGCAUUUCCUGCACAAUUUUAUAAUAAGAGUUCAGAUUCUAGAACUCCUCCACCCACUUUCUAUCAGAGGGACAGUCCACAACAAGCUACUAACAUUCCUAUAAUUACUGGAGCUCCAGGGCCAUACGAUCAGAAGGUUCUGCUCAACCAACCGCCUCUACCUCCAUUGCCCCCUCCGCCAACAGUGUCUUCUGCAAUUUCUCAGACGGCUGAAUCUGUUCAAAGUCAUACCUCUCCAUAUGGUCACUCCAUGAGAGAUUUGCAGCCACCACUUCCAACAGGUUUCCCACCACAAGCAUUUGAUACUAAUGGUCCUAGUACAGUACCAGCUUUCCAUCUGCAAACAGAAAACCAGUCUGCAUUUAACAGCAGUGCUACAGCAUUAACAACUCAUCAUCAUAUGGUGGAUUCGAAGUACCCUUGGACUUCAGUCUCUUCUGGUAGGUUGCAUGAUGAGAUCAACACAUCUGGUGGGUCUGCUAGGCCUCCACUACCACCACUCCCUCCCAUGCCACCACCAUAUUCAGCUCCUCCAGUUACACAAACAGCUGUUAAAACUUCUGCUUCCCAAUCUUCAGGGUAUAAUCAAACAAGUUUUAUAACAACCCAACUUCCACUGACUUCUUCUGUACCUUUAAGUGAUGUAAGGUCAGGUAUCUUUUCUGCAUCUGGAGGCACUCUGAAUUAUUCACCACCACCACUGGUACCUCCCUUGCUUCUCAGGCCUCCAUCCAUGCCUGCAACUCUUUUUAGUGGUAUGCCAACUCAGCAGCAGGGUCAGAAUCCACCAAGUAUUCCACAUACUGUUACUGUCCCAACUCCUCAAGUAUCGAUUCAGUCAGCACAACCUCGUGCACAGUUGCAACCACUGCAACCGCCACAGCCUCCUCGUCCACCUCAGCCUCCUCAACACCUUCGGCCGCCCAUUCAAGUUUCACAACAGCAGUCAGACCAAGGAGUUUCUAUGCUACAUAGCCCCAUCCAAAUGCAGGUGCAACCAUUACAGAUGCCACAACAACCACAUAUUUCUCCUAUUCAUGUAUAUUAUCAACCCCAACAUCAAGAGCACCUUUCACAACCCCAGCAACUGCAAGUUGAUAAUUCGCAUACACAAACAUCGCAUCACCAAGGUGACAAUGUGACCCAACAACAACAAGAUUCAGGGAUGUCAUUACAACAGUACUUCAGUUCUCCUGAAGCUAUUCAGUCUUUGUUGAGUGAUCGGGAGAAACUGUGCCAGCUUUUGGAGCAGCAUCCAAAAUUAAUGCAGAUGCUUCAGGAACGGUUGGGCCAACAAUAGCAGCAUUAUAUAAAACCGAGGUUGUUUUCACUUCUGGGAGGAACUAUUCAUUCAAUGAUUCUUUCACCUUCGCCUUCUGAAGACUCGCGGCUGGAAUCCAAGUGACAUCAUCACCAAAGAAUCAUUCCACUCCCUUCUAUCGGAAUUGGGAAAGAAGUUCCCUAAUAACCUUGUUUUAAUGUAUCCAUGUUUCUACAUGUGUAAACUUUAUUUCUUUUUUCCGUGUACCAUAAGUCUAAUAUGAUUUUUGUUUUUUUAAUCGGUGACAUCCGAUCAUCUACUAAUUUUCUUUGUCAUUAGGAAAUAGUUGUAAAUAUUAUUCUUAUAUUUAAGGUUGUACACUCGUAAUGGGGAGUGGAGUAGGGUUAAGGGUCGACAAGAAAGUUUUGAAGCUUGUACGCGGAAAAUAACUCACUUCGAGUGAUGGUUGUUUGAACUAGCAGAUAUCUAACAUGCAGCUUACAUGUAAAAGAAACUCUUGUCUCCUCAGAAAACCCAAUUAAAAAACUUUUGUUGAAUGGAUUAUCCAAGAAAC